AUGGAUGAUUUUGAAUUACCCGAAGAUCUUCAAGACAUUGAAGUAAUUUACUCAGACGGUGAAGAUGAAGAGGAACCUGUUGAAAACAUGUUUGAUGAAGUCAGCCUCCAAGAGCCUGGUUAUGAAGAUGUUGAGAUUCAAGUAGUAGACACAGCCCUUUUAACUCUUCAAAAACAUAGCAAAGCAGUGUUUAGCUCAGAUUUAAGUAACGAUGACAAAAUAGCCGUAACAGGUGGUGAAGACGAUCUGGCAUAUCUUUGGAACACUGAGACUGGUGAUAUAUUAUUUGAAUGUUCCGGACAUAAGGAUUCCGUAACUGAAGUAAGCUUUAAUUUUGAUAGUCAAUAUGUAGCAACAGCAGAUAUGGCUGGGAUGAUACAGGUGUGGAGCAUGUAUGAUAAGAAACUGGUGUGGUGUUAUGAAGGGGAUGACAUGGAGUGGUUGUUGUGGCACCCUGCUGGGAAUGUACUCUUCUGUGGAUGCCAUUCUGGUGACAUAUACUUAUGGCAAAUACCCCAAGGUAAUUGUAAACUGCUUGUAGCUCAAAAUAUUGCAUCUACCUCAUGUGCAAAAGUUUUGCCAAAUGGAAAGCAACUCCUAGCUGGAUAUGAAGAUGGAUGUUUAAGACUUUGGAAUAUUAAAGAAUGUACCGUUGAAUGGAGUAAUAGUCAGGCACAAUCCAUAACAAACUUAGAUAUAAAUAAAGAAGGUACUUUGGCCAUAUUAUCACCAGAAUCUAGAUUAGUUAAGUUAACUGAUGGUAAGACAUUAACAACUUUACUUCCGGAUGGUGAAAAUGAAAUAGAAACUGCAAUAUUUCACCCAGAUUUAGGUAUAAUGGCAACUGGAUCAAUCUCUGGCCAAUUAUGUGUAUGGGAAAUUGGAAGACAUGCAUUAAGACAUCAAGCUAAGAUAGAAUGUGCUGUUACAUUACUGAAAUGGGGCACUAAUGGUCAAAUAUUUAUUGGUGCGACAGAUGGUGCUGUUUAUGUGUGUGAUGUGAAAUCAGGAACUCUAAUUGACACUUUAACAGGACAUAAAUCCGAUAUUCUGAGUAUAUCUGUGUUUAAAGAUAAUAAAAUUUUGACUACAUCUGAUGAUGGUACUGCAAAAAUAUUUACUGUUAAAAAUUAA